AUGGACGCCCUCACGCCCUCGGACCUGUUUUCGCCGUCAAAGGCACGCCAGCAACGCGCCCAGGCCCACGACUGGGCGCAGAUCGACUUGUGGCUGUCAUACAAAUACGCCGGCCGCACCGUGCCGACGUUUGAGCGCAACGAUGACACGCUCAAGGCCCUGCGCGAGCUGUCCGUGGCAAACGAAAGAGCCGACGAAGAGAGAGCCGUCAUGGAGCGCGUAGAGAGGGAGGCGCUGCGCGAGCUGGACGAGGUCCAAAGCAACGAGCACGACGAGCGCAUCCUGUCGCAGCUGAGAGCCAGCCUCACGCCCGAGGGCGAGCAGGCUCUCGAUGCGCUGGCAUCGACCGCCGUCGCUCUCAACACGCCCACGGCCAACCCCGAGUCUAUCGCGCAUGCGCUCAUCUACAACACGACCACGUCGCAGAACCUCACCAACCAGCUUGCACACAUUGCGGCGCUGCAGGGCUACGUCGAUAAGCAGCAGUCCCUCCUCCGCACGCAGCUGCACGACAUCCAGACGAAUCCCGCCUUCUCCACGCCCCCGACCCUGCAGCGCCAGACCACCGAGCAGACGCGCCAAAUCAAGCACCUGCGCACCAAGAUUCGCGAGUACGAAGACAAGCUAUCGUCUGUGCAGUCAUCACAGUCGCGCAACAUGACACCAGGCUCCAAGAACAUUGGGUCUGCCGAGGCCAUAAACGACAUGUUGGAGCAGCAAAAGGCGCUAGACGAGCUCCGCGAGAGGGUCGAGGCGGUAGAGCGGGAAGUCAGAGAGUUCGCCGGACUGCCUGCUGACAAGGAAGCUGCGAGGAAAGAAGUGGGCAAAUUAGAGGUCAGGCUGGACGAGGUGCGGAGAAGAAGAGACGAGCUGUUUGAGGGUCUCGUGGGGCAAUAA